AUGGAGUCGAGCGCUGGGCCCAUCUUCGAUGAGGCCCAAUAUCGCACCGAUGUCCUCCACCACCCUUCACCGGAAUCUGAAGCAGCGCAGGCGCAACACCUAGCCGAAGAAGCUCAACAGCUGGGUCUGAAAGUGCCCGAGAUCGAAGCAUCUGCGCUGCUAGCAGCCUCGAUCGCCUCUGGAACGGUCGAUCUCUCCUCACCAGUCCUGUCGUCUGGAUCGUCGACCGAUCGGAAUUCGGUGUGCGGCUCCGUUACGCCGUCCCAUGAGCCGUCCUCCCCGGUCCCAUCCGUGCUCGAUCAGAUCGUGUCCUCGCUGUCGGAUGUCACACUUUCCUCGGAUCACAUUAAGGCUGGCAGCACGCGAUCGCUGGCUUCGCUGUCCACGCGCCCGACCUCGUUUGGCUCUAGCGAGGGGAGAACAGGCCUUAUUGGGCACGGAUAUAAUGAUGCAUUCGAGGCCAAGUCGCACCGGCAUUCAAUUCUCAGCGUCGCCUCCGCCGACAAAAAAGAGAAGCGACGGAGCAGCUUGAAGUCUGCCAUUGGGAGAAUUCAAUUCCGCAAGAAGCGCACUUCUUCGGCCAUUGUCUUGCCCUCGGAAGGGCACCUGACUGUAUCCACCAGCGAUAAAGGCGAUGAACAUGUUUUCUUUGGACCCACACCGGGACCUGAUAAUACUGCCCAUGAGGAUGUUCCAGCCAAUGCGAGCAAUGGGGUAUCACUUCCCAGGUUGGAAAUUCCCCGGUUCAGUAAAGAGGAGUUACAAAGAAGUCUGGACGAUCCAGAGCUAAGUGAGAUGCACGAGCGGCAUCAGAUGGAAAGGAACCGACAUCUCGCUUUUCAUGACGCCGCGCUGAGUACCCUGCGGCGUCGGCACCAGACAGCUAUCUCAGAGCACCAGUCUGAUAACCAGCGCCAAGAGGAUGAGAAACGCGAGAAUAACACCCAGGCCAUAGCCCAAAUUGAAGAGCGACAGUUGGCGGUAGAGAUCGAACAGCAACGCGAGUUCGAUCGAGCCAAAAUGAACUCGCGUACACGCAUCAAGCAUAUGGAGGGGUAUCUCCGCAAUGCCAGCCCACCACCAUCUCCCGCCGGAACACCGACCAGGGCCGAACGAUCCGAACGUUCAUCAGCAUCAUUCUCGGAAUCCGACUCAACUCCGCCAGCCCGUGUGUUCACUCGCCUACAUAUGGAGCAGCUAGAACAACAGUACCACUCCCACAAAAACAUGGACCAACUUCACGACGCCCGCAUCAAAGUUCUCCGUGACCGCCAAGAGCUUAAGCUGCAGGAAGCCACGGCGCGUAUGGGAAAGGAACUGGAUGAAAUGUGUGACCGACACCUGCAGGAUAUUGCUGCCUUGCAAACCGAACACCAACAAGAAGAAGCCUCUCUUAUGCAAGCCUUGGAAACGAAAAAGACGACUUUGCGGCACCGCUGGUAUUUGGAAGAGGCUGUCCUACGCCGGCAUCUCGAGGUGCGACAUGGCCGAUCAUAUGGUCCUUUGCCACUUGUCGCUUUCACCACUUCAAAUACCCCCGUUGGCGUUACGGAACACUCACCACUCGAAACUUCUUCCACCCCGGAUACAAUCCAUCCCAGCCAGGAUUGCGUGCCUCUCUAA